UUAGAAGGAAACACCAAAUCCGUCAUUUUCUUAUUGCAUCGCAGUGUAUCUGAGUAACGCGGUCACAGCCACAGCAUCGAUUCGCAAACCCGACACCGAAAGCGAUGAAGCUGAAUCAGAACCACAGUAGGUGCGAGUGAAAGAAACCCUCACAUUAUCUGAAUUCGCGUCACAUUGGGGAUCGUUGAUCAGAUCGAGCGAGAAAUGAAGGAUGAGGAGGGGCUUCCGACUACGACAACCGUCGCCAAGAAGGAAGCGUUGGAUUCGGGUCUGUUUGGGAAAGGAAGGUACAAAUUCUGGGCACUAGCGGCGAUCUUGCUUCUCGCGUUUUGGUCCAUGUUCACCGGCACCGUCUCUCUCCGCUGGUCCGGCACGCUCAAUUCCCUCACCAACGACAUCGACGCUCCCAUCCACGACGACCUCGACGUUCUCGAAAUGGAAGAGAGGGAGAAGGUGGUGCGGCACAUGUGGGAUGUUUACACCAACAGUCGCAGAAUCAGGUUGCCCAGGUUCUGGCAAGAGGCAUUCGAAGCGGCAUAUGAAGAAUUGACGAGUGAUGUCGCUGAGGUCAGAGACGACGCCAUCACUGAGAUCGCCAAGAUGUCUGUUCGCUCCCUUCAUUUUGAUCCACCUCCUCUUCAAUCUACGAGUGCCCGAGAAUUUAGCAAGAGCCUUAAGCAAGCCGAUAAAGGAAAAGAAGCAAGUAUCUAUAGACGUGCCUAAAGUUAGUGUGUGGAGCAUUCAAGAUUUCAAGUGAUUGACUUGUACUUGAAAAUCCUAUAGUGCUACCAGAAGAUUAUGAAGAGAUAGUGAUGGACGAGGUCAUACUCUGAUUUUCAUGUUUCCAUUACGCGGAUAAUGAUGUAUUUUAAUAGGCUGUGGUUAUUUCAAAUUUUGCAGUCAAAUUUCAUAGUCUUCACAAAGUGAGGAGUAGUAAAAUUGAAACACGACCUUUUGCACAGACAAUUUCAACUGAGCAUAAUUUUUUUUAGGUUUA